GAUGUUUGUGCGUUGCAUAGUGUCAUUUUUAUUCGGAACUUCAUGUUUUCCUUAUAGGAUUUCAUGAGCACUUUGAAAUGAUGGAAGUGAAUGUUGAUAGAAAUUUCUGCUUCCAAUAUCGGUUAAGGACAGGCUGUUUUGUCAUCGGUUGGUUUGAUAUUAUAUAUGGUCAUGCUAUGGUGUUGGUCUAUCUUGGUUCGAUGUAUACAGGAUACUUCCAAGCUAGUGGUGUCUACAAAACUGCGUUAUGGCUGGAUUUUACAUUCACAAUUGUUCAACUUCUUGAAGGAGCAGUACUGGUUUACGGAAUCAAGUAUAAGACCGUUGGUCUAGUUCUGCUGAGCGCAGGAGUAGGGGUGGUACUGAUAUUAUCUGAUGUGGUGGGGGAUGUGCUACUUGCCGUCAGCUUCCCUUCUGUAUCAACUACUGUCCAAGUAUUCGCUGCAGUAGUUCUUCUCAUAUUCAUCGGUAUCCGAGCAUACAUGACAUUCUGUGUGUACAACUACUAUCUGCAACUUAAGGAAGAGCUUGAUUUGAAGCGAAAACUUCACAGCUCCGUUCCAGACAUUAUUUCAAUUUCUAUGAGGUAAUGUCAGGCAUGAUUGUAUCACAUUAUAAGAAAAUACAUACAUUUAUUUGUUU